UUCAUCAGGGGCUCUCUUGGAAUCAGCGUAUCUUCCUGCUUUUACAACUUCUUACUUUAGUCACCCCUUUAAGUUUAAUACGUAAAAUGAAGAAAGUGGCUGACUACAGCGACACAGCAGCCGUCACGCCCAGGAGACAUUGGGAGGAUGAUGUCGACUAUAAACUACACUUCCGGAUGAUAAACGAUCAACAAGUGGAGGCUAUCUGCAUUGAUUUCUUCUAUAAGCCACACACCAUCACACUCCUGACUGUAACUGUGCUCAGCCUUAUGUAUUUCGUGUUUUCCAGGGAUGAUCAGCACUUUGACAACAAUCUCCGAGUUGGUCUUUUGGUGGUUGUUUCCUUCUUCCUGGUCAUCAGUGUCCUGGCCUUUCCCAAUGGACCUUUUACCAGGCCACACCCUGCAAUAUGGCGAAUGGUGUUUGGUCUCAGUGUUAUGUACUUCCUGUUUCUUGUCUUCCUCAUCUUCCUCAACUGGGACCAAGUAAAGAUGCUCAUGUACUGGCUGGACCCAAAUCUGCGCUAUGCCACACGGGAAGCCGAUAUCAUGGAAUACGCUGUAAACUGCACAGUGAUAACAUGGGAUCGUAUCAUGAGCCACUUCGACAUCUUUGCAUUCGGCCACUUUGCAGGCUGGGCCAUGAAGGCUCUGCUCAUCCGCAGCUAUGGCCUCUGUUGGACCAUCAGCAUCACCUGGGAGCUGACUGAGCUGUUCUUCAUGCACCUGCUGCCCAACUUUGCAGAGUGCUGGUGGGAUCAAGUAGUACUCGACAUACUGUUGUGUAAUGGAGGAGGCAUCUGGCUGGGCAUGACUGUGUGCCGCUUUCUGGAGUUGAGGACCUACCGUUGGGCCAGCAUCAAGGAAAUUCACUCAACCACAGGGAAGAUCAAGCGAGCCGUGAUGCAGUUCACACCGGCAAGCUGGACUUAUGUGCGCUGGUUUGACCCAAAGUCCUCCUUCCAGAGACUAGCAGGCAUCUAUCUAUUUCUGCUCCUAUGGCAGCUGACAGAGUUGAACACGUUCUUCCUCAAGCACAUCUUCGUCUUCCAGGCGUCUCACCCUCUCAGCUGGUGUCGUAUCCUCCUUGUCGGAGUCAUCACAGCACCCACUGUACGACAAUAUUAUGCGUACCUGACAGACACUCAGUGUAAACGGGUUGGCACACAAUGCUGGGUGUUUGGGGCUAUUGCUUUCCUCGAGGCGCUUGCAUGUGUGAAAUUUAGUCACGACUUGUUUUCCAAGACACAAAUUCGCUCUGUGCUUCUGUGGCUGCUCUGUCUGGCACUUAUCACUCUUCUAUGUUUAUAUGGGAUGGUGUGGUAUGAGCAAAAUAAAAUGAAGAGCUUAUCUGUACAGACUGAGGACUGUGAUGACAGCGGGGUUGUGGACUUGUGUGAGUUUGUCCCAGAUGGUGCCCCAGCUCAGAGGGAAUCGGGAAGAAGUUUACAACCAACAAAACGGAGGAGAGCUGCUGGGAGGAAUCGAUUCAUGAAUGGCCAUGGAGGAAAGAGACAAUAAACAACUAAUACAGAUAACUCUAAGCCUCUGUUGAAAACUAUGCAAUAAUUGUUACAGAUUUAACGUUGUUAAGUUGCAUGAAGGUGUAAGACGGACUCCUGAAGAAAACCAUGCCCUAAGCUUGCAAGAUGGUAAGCUUGUCAGAAGGUCAACCAUACUCUGUAAAUAUUAAGAGGUAAACAUAAACAUGAGCUGACAGCUUUAUAGAUUUGCAGAUUGGGUUGUUUAUUCUCUGUAGCAUUACCACUGCUUACAGAUCUUUAACACUGUUUUACAAGCUAAAAAAUGUGUUUGUCUUCUUUUUUUAAACUGAACUUAAUAACCAAUUAUUAUACACUGGGUUUGAAAGAGAAGGUGACCUGCACUGUAAAAACAAGCAAGCUAGUCUUAUUUGCACUUAAUCAUUUUGAUGGGUGUCUUUUCAAAAGUUACUUUGUACUUAACUACAAAUCUGAGGGUCACAAAUGUAUUUUUAGAACUUGUUUAAGUAAUUUGAUUUGAUACAUUUGUUUACAUAUUUAUAUCAAAAAAGACUUGAUUUUGUACUUGUCUGUAUGAUAUACAUUACUUCUUUAAUUUAAAUUAAAGAGGAUUUUGUCCUCUCCAAAAAAGAGAGGAAAGCAAGUGCUACUGAACUGAACCAGCUUUAACAUGUUAUUCUAACUCUUUAAUUGAUGUGAUUAUUACUUAUUUACACAGUAUGCCGUUAUGAGCUAUGUAUGUGGGUGUUUGUUUUACGAGGGCAAAGUGAAUAUUGUGUAAUAGUUGUACUGACAAAAAUACUGUGACACGUAAUGUGAAAGCAUUAUAAUGAAUUUCAAAAGCAGAGGAUAAUCACUUUGAUCAAAUGAUCCAAAUUAAUUAGAUAAUAUAAAAUGUUAUCUUCAGGUCAAUGUAAGCUAUUUUUAAUACUGUUGAAUAAUGCAUUGUUGUAAGUGUAAGAAUUUUUUUUUACAAUUUUCCAUUAUGUUGAACAAUGUUAAUUAAUGUCCACUUAUUGAAUUUGUAUUAUUUGAAUGUAACUUUUUAUAGCAGUAUGUUGAUUCCAGGGUUUUUGUCCUCUUGCCUUACAUUAAAGACCACAUUUACUUUAUUGUGAUAAAAAAACGAGUUAUUUUAAUUUUAUUCAUUGAUUUUACUCGGUAUUAAGAUACUAAUUUGUGAUUUUGUACAUGAGGGUUUGCUUGUUUUGUUUUUACACACAAUUAAAGUAUCAAAUCACUCUU